UGGUGGAAUGCAAAUGCAAAGCUAUCUCUGCGGUUGAUAACCCCUCACCCCUCAUCCCCGCAUAAUUAUACCUGAAUAGGCAUUCUUACCAUGAGAUUGCAUCAUCGCAUAGAUCAGCUGUCCUCAUAUAAAGCCGAUCGCGUUGCAGUAUGAACGAUAGUAUAUCCUUGAACAAUAUAUACUGAUAUACCCAAAAUGCCACCCUCCAAGGCCAAGCCAGUCAUCCUCUCCCUAGAAGCGAUUGCCUCCCAAGCCCCAGAAUCGUUCCCCGACCCCUCGCACGGCCAUCUCACUUGGCGCACGCUCUUCACCAACCCCGCCACCCCAACGAGCGAUCUCUGUGCUGGAAUCGCCAUCUGUCCUCCGCAAACGGGCCAUCUCUGUGCCCACCGUCACACGCAAGCUGAGCUAUAUUAUGUGCUGGAAGGUCGCGCUACGGUGACGAUUGACGGGCAGCCCCACCAGAUUGCCAAGGGCACGGCCGUGUUUAUCCCGGGCGAUGCAGAGCACUCGGUCAUGAACGACAGCGAUGAGGAUUUCAAGUGGCUUUAUGUUUUCCCUGGGGGGAGUUUUGGGGAUGUUGUCUAUCGGUUUUCGGAGAAGGCCAAGCUGUGAUGGCUGACGAGGACUUUGCUGCACCGCUGCUAUUUAUAGCUCGGCCCCACUGUCGUUCUCGUUCUCGCUCUCGUUUUCGUUCUCGCGAGUGCAAUCCAGACAUAAAUUAUGU